AUGAUGAAGUCGCGCAACGUGUGGUCGCAUCACCCGCAGCCGCAGCAGGGCAUCACAGCAGAGGCAGCCUUACUUUGGAGGGCAUUGUUCCAUGCGCCGGGCAAAUACAUAAGCGACGGAAGUAACGUUCCGUUUGAGACGCCAGAAAGCGAGAUCGAGCAAGCAAAUCUGGUCGACACAGCCUGCGUAGCCGCGGAAGCUAAAGUCGAAAGAGUUGUGGUACAUCGCACUCAGUCGGACGGGUACGGCGAUUAG